GCUUGGCCCGGCAUACGGACGACAAACCCCACCAGCCAUUGAUCGAGCUGUGACUGCUCGACUUUUCGCCCCUGCGAACCUGCAGCCGCGGCUACCGGCUUCCUGUAGCGCACUUUGCAACGGCUGUGUGUCUGCUGUUGCAGCGCCUCGAGAAAAAAAGAAGAAGAAAAGAAGCCACCUCACCUACACGCGAGCGGAGCGAAGGAGGGAGGAUGAGCGAGGCCGAGAUGAAGGUCACGCCCGAGAGAGCCUUGGCUCUCACCAACCAGAUCCGCGGCGUGACGGAGCGGAUACAACGUGCUGCAAAGGGCAGGCCGGUCAGGCUCGUCGCCGUCUCCAAGCUCAAGCCCGCCAACGACAUCCUGUGCCUGCACGCGGGCGCCGCCCAGCAGGUGGACUUUGGCGAGAACUACGCCCAGGAGCUCGUGCAAAAGGCGGGGCUCCUCCCGCGCUCCGUCCGUUGGCACUUCAUCGGCGGCCUGCAGUCGACGCACUGCAAGACCAUCGCCAAGGUGCCCAACCUCUGGUGCGUGUCGUCGGUCGACUCGCUCAAGAAGGCGCAGCUGCUGGACCGCGCGCGCGGCGACCUCAUCGCCACCGCCGCCGCCGCCGCCGCCGCCUCGUCUUCUGGCGAGCAGGAAUCACCACCCCCGCAGCCCCUCAACGUCCACGUGCAGGUCAACACGUCGGGCGAGGACUCCAAGUCCGGGUGCGCGCCGGGCGCCGAGACGACGGCGCUGUGCCGGGCCGUGGCGCGCGACUGCAAGAACCUGCGCCUCCUGGGCCUCAUGACCAUCGGCGCCAUCGCGCGCUCGCGCGUCACCUACACGCCCGAGACAGAGAACGAGGAUUUCUCGGCCCUCGUGGGCCAGCGCGCGCUGGUGGCGGCCGAGCUGGGGCUGGCGUCCGAGGAGGAGCUCGAGCUGAGCAUGGGCAUGAGCGACGACUUUGAGGGCGCCAUCGCCAUGGGCAGCGGCGAGGUCCGCGUCGGGAGCACCAUCUUUGGCGAGCGGCCGGCCAAGGCCGAGGCCAAGAUUCUGGUCUGAUGUUGGGCUGUAAAAUUUAAAUGUCACUUCGAUGAGGGGGGCAAGGGCAAUGAAUGAGAUGUUGUUUAUUUUCUGCGCAUCUGAUUGUCUUGGGUCUAAUGUAUAUCACUACCUAGGUACCUACCUAGGUACUCGCUAACUCGCCUCUAUCUGGUGCGGGAUGUUCUGGCAAUCUUCCUCCGCUGAUUAUGCUGUGUCAAGUCUUCCUUCGC